CACGCCGCUACUGCACCCAGUCGCAUUUCGUACGUCGUUCGAGCAAGUCUAAAUAUCAACGUGUUUUUUCAUGCUUUAUCUUUAUCUGUAGUGUAUUUUCGGGUAGAGAGAGAGAGAGAGAGAGAGAAAGUGAGAGAGAAAGAGAAAGAGAAAGAGAAAGAUUAAAGAGAAAAUAAGAAGAAAAUAACAUAGAAAGAAAGUAAACAAAAAAAAACAACAACAAAAUACAACGUUUCGAUGAUCUAAUUUGUGAACUAUAAUAAUUGAUGAUUGAAAAAUAUGGACAUAAAAUCGGUGUUAUCGUUAACAUCGCGAUGAACAUUAUAAUUCGUCGUACGAGAAUGGCACAUAAAACUUUAUCAGUGAGGAAGAGAUCAUUCUUCUUUAGGAGGAUCAUAAGGAAAAACAAAUCAUUUGUGACGAGUGUUUGACGCAAUAAUAUCUUUUUGACGCGAAUCGUCAAAAUUUUGAACCUAUUUUCGUGCUUUUUUUUUCGUCUUUCGUUCGUUGUUGACAUUUUUUUUUCUUAACCUUUGGACGUUUCUCUUAAUUACCAUCUCUUUUUUUCCUUUCAACCAUUGCCCCCCUUUCCCAUUGCCGUUAUAAACGAAUACACCGAAGACGAGACCGCGCGCGACUCUAACGCGGACAAAUUUUCGUUUUAUCGUGGAUUUAUUUUUUACUACCCCUUUCUCUCUCCGCCCCUUUUUAUAUAUAUAUAUAUUUUUUUUUUCGUUUUGUAUUGCUGUUAAACUUACGAACUUAAUAGAUAAAACGCGCAAGUUCAAUGAAACGAUGGAGAGGGAUGUUUAAAGUGCGCAUGUUUCGUGUGUGAUUGUGAUAUAUAAACAUACGUGUGAAAUAAUUUGUGAAUCAUCUGAAGAAUUAUCUUGAAACGUGAAAGUUAUCUCGAUUGAUCGGGUCCAGCGUAGUAACAAGUUGAAUGAAAUCGUCCAUGUUUUAAUUGAUCAACUUUAGAUUAACGAAACUAGGGAGACACUGAAUUUUUGUCUUCUUUAUAAAUGGUUUCUCUUUGUUCCUUCUUUUUUUCAUUUGAUAUACGUAAUCAAUAAAAAAAGACGACAAAUGACAAAAGACGACAAAAUAGAACGACAAAUGAUUGCGAUGUCUCAUAGUAGGGCGUUGAAAAAGUAGGGAUAAUAAAGAAGAAAGAAUAAAGAAGAAAUAAGUAAAAAAAAGACAUUUUCACGACGAAAAGUUCAUAUCAUUAUUUUUACGUACGCGUAUCCGUGCGAAAUUGUGAUUUUAAACGAGACUGAUUGACUUAUUUUAUCACUUAGAAAAUUUUUUCAAAUUAUUAAAUUAGAUUGUUAAAGUACAAGACGUUCAAUAUUAAGGAUAAACAAUUUAUCGACGUAUAUAUAUAUAUAUUUUUGUUGUGCGUGUGCGUUUGUGAAUGUGUUAUCAAGAAUACGUGUGUUCAUAUAUAAAUGUAUAGACUUAUAUAAAUACAUAUAUUUAUUACAAAUAACAGAUAGAUAGUUUGAACGUUAUACUUUUUAUACGUGUAUACGAGAAGCGCGCGGAAACUGUGUGAUUUUUCUUAUUGUUGUUAUUAUUAUAUAUUGUUAACAAUGUUAUCAAAAACACAUCAACGUAAAAUGUUUCUCGGUGGUUACGUCUAUGGUAAUAAAAGCCAGAACAAUCAACCUUCUUCAGCCAGGGGCAGCAUUUGGGGUAGCGCUUAUAGUCCAUUUCGAAAUACCAACAUGCCCCUGCAGGACAUCACGAUGGGCACAACUUUACCAUUGGCAAAUGGUACAAAUUCAAAGUCAUCUGAGAAAAAUUUUCCUGUUAGCGGUGUCGUCGAAGGUGUACCAGGAAUGGCAUCCGCAGGGGUUGGAAGAACGAUGAAGGAAUACGAAGAUCAGCUCGGUGCUUUGAAGAAAGAAAACUUUAAUCUUAAAUUGCGAAUAUAUUUUCUCGAAGAACGUAUGGGGAUUACUUCCGCCGACGAGGGUGCGAUUAAAAAGAACAUCGAGUUAAAGGUAGAAGUUGAGUCGCUUAGGAAGGAGUUGGCAGAGAAGCAGGAACUUCUUAGCCAAGCGGCUAAGGCAUUCGAGUUGAUUGAGGAACAAAAGGAGGUCUCCUCGAGGAAUCAGACACAAUAUGAGCAAUCUCUUGAAAAGGAGCGUGAAAGGAUCGUACAAUUGGAAAAAGAACUCGAGGAAUAUCGAGAAAGAGCAACUGACGCCUCAAUUUUUUAUAAAGAAGCAUUUGGUGUUACGCCAGAAAAAGCUUUGGAAAAUGAAGAAAAGCUUCACCAAAUGGAAGAACUCGUUGCAUCGCUCGAGGCUGAGGUAAGACAAAUAAGUGGUAGCUUAGAAGAAGAACGUGAAUGGGCUCAAGAAUUAGAAAGCGAAAGGGAUCAAUUUAGAGAUCGUUUAGAGGCUGAAAUACAGAUGAGAGAAAAUUUGGCUACCGAAAGGCUACGAGAUAUCGAUGAAUUGAGAGAACGAGUUCGAGAAUUGGAGGAUCAAGUUUUUAAAAAAGAUACUAUCGUUCAGCAAUAUAAAAAUGAAAUAAAUGAAAAAGAUAGGGUGUUAAAGGAGAAGAACACGUUACUGGAAGAAAAGUGUAGGGCAUAUGAAGAAAUAUGUUCAGUUUCUGAUAGAAGAAAAAGACAGAUUGAUCAGUUGAGAACGUCAGUAAAAGCAAGGGACGAUGCUCUGACUGAUCUAAAUAAUAAACAUCGUACUCUUUUAUCUCAGUUCGAAAACGGCUAUACAAAACGAUCACCGGUAAGCAGCCCCUCGACAGUAAAUCCAUUUAUAGAAUCCGUGUCGCCAAGGAUGGCACAAAAACUAACUUGUCUGCAGGGUUCAACGAAUAACGAUAGCGCUGCGUUUGAUCGGGAAGCAAACAAGGAAAGACUCAUUAAAGUAAAGUCGCCUACAAUCAUGAUGACCAGUAUGGAUGAAAAGGAAACUAAAGAUUUAGCAAAGGAAUUGCAAGAAAAGGAACUAGAGUUGAAGCGACGGGAGGAAGAAAAAAAACAGUUGAUUUUGAAAUUGUGUAACGUGCAAAAACAAGUUGAAGUUACGGAUCAAAAAUUCAAAAAGAUGGAAGGUGAACAUCUAAAGGCUGUUAAGAUGAUCCAAGGAUUUAUGGAAAGGCAACAACAAUUGGAAGAUAGAAUAGCGAAGAAAGAACGGAAGAUAGAGGAAUUGGAGGCUGAAUUGAAUAGGUCAUCUGGAUACGAGGAUGUGAAAGCAAGAAGACGCGAUGGAUCUGCCAAAAAGGAAUACAGUGUUGAAAUUACUGAAAAUCCGGAACAUGAUGAUAAUAGCAAUCAGCAACGGUUUGAAGAAAUGGAAGCCAAAAUAAACGACCUGCGAGAUCAGAUAGAGACAAUCAAGGCGGAGAAACAUCGUCUGGAAAAGCAAAUACAGGUUGAAUCAGAGGAGUUACAGGAACGACUCAACGACAAAGAUCAACGAAUAGAAUUUUUAGAAAUAGAGAAAAAUACGAUGAAAGAAGAAUUACAAGACAAGAUCACCGAACUUGAUAAGUUGAAACAAGCGACCGUGGAAAUUCCCGCCAAGGAAUCCUUCGAGUCUUCGGAACAUACAAAAUUAAUUCAAGAACUAAAUCUACGUAACGCGGAAAUCGCUGAGAAAAAUCAAAAAAUCGAGCAGUUAAGCAAGGAGUUGCAAGUGAAGACACAUAAUCUUCAAAAAUUGGUGAAUACCGAGUUAUGGAGUAAAAACAAAGAAAUCGCUAAGUUGCACAAUCAUAUGACGGCAAACAAUCAAUUGGAUAGAAGCCGAAGCAAAACUGAUAUUCCUCAAGAAAGCGCUAGUACACAUUUUGCAACUCUUAGUAAGGAAUUAAAUGACAUUGGUAUUAAAGUAUCUUUUAUCAACGAAGUUAUUCAACUAAAUUACGUGAAUGGAAACGAGUCGAUAGAUGUUAAAACGAUGACAGAAUAUAUUCAAACAUUGGUAGAAAAGAAAAACGAAUUGGAGAAAGAAGUGGAUUAUCUUAAUUGGUUGAAACUUGUCACAAGACCCGACAUAGCAGCAGAAAUUGAUGAAUGUGAGAAUGAAAGUGAAAGAACGAAAAGAUAUUGCGAAUUGUUACGCGCUCAUUUAAAGAAUCUCGUUAAAUUGAUGAAAGAUAUUCUGAAGAACGCGAAUCAUCUUGAUGCGAUUCAUCACGAUCAUAAUCAAAUUGUAUUGGAAGUGCUCCUAAGUUCGAAUAUAUUUUCCGAUGAUUUUACGCAAGUUCUCGAAAAGAUGACCAAACACAAUGUGAUCGUUGGUAAUAAUAAAAAUGUGAUUGAAAAUAACGAGAAAAUCGACAAUGCCGUGAAAAAAUGUUAUUCCGAAAAUAUUUUGGAUUUACCAAAAAAUCAUAUGACUACGCAAUCAGAUUCAGAAGCUUUUUCGGAACCUGAUAGAAUGGUAUCUAUGGCUAGAAUCGGUUUACAAGAAACUCAACACAAAUCUAUUAAUCGCUCGAGAUUUAGCAAACAUACGAAAACGUUUAGCGACUCGGAGGAUUCGAUUGAUUAUAUACCAUAUCAUAAAACUUAUCAAGAUGAUUUACAUGAUCUGGACGCGAAUCGUCAUAUACAGGAACUGAAAGAAACAAAUAAUCUUUUAUAUUCCGAAUUGAGUGCUCUUAAGAACGAUCUUACUACAAAAGUUUCCUAUGAUGUCAUAUUCGAUGAAAAGUUGGUACCGCUCAUUUUGAAACUUGAAAAGUCACAAAAAGUUUGCGAGAGAUUGCAAUCGUCUUUAGACAAAAGAAUACAUGAGUGUCAUGCUUUGAGAAAAGAGAGUAAACAGAACAGUAUACGGAAAGCACAACUCGAGAAAAAAAUAACAGAUGUGGAGAGUAUGGUCGCUGAAAUGACUAAACAAAAAACUGAACUUCUGCAGUAUAAAGAAAACACAGAGAAGAAGACAGCUGAGAUGUUAAUGGUUCUUAAGAGAGAAAACGAUCGAUUGAGGUCCAAAAUAAGAACAAUGGAAGAAGAUAACGAAACUGCCAAAGUAAAAAUAUCAGCCUUAACGAAAGAGUUAGAUCAUCUUACACUCUUACACAGUCAAAUUCUCGUCGAAAAUACAAAAUUAACUAAUGAGAAAUUAAGACUUGAACAAGAAGUACGAAAAACUGAUAACAGAUACGAUAUGUCUGUUCGUUUAUUGCAAGAUAAAUUUAGUAAAGAGAUCUCAGAUUUGAAUCAAAUAAAUGAUUCCCAUAGAACAAGAGUUGAAGAACUCGAAGCUACCAAUAAAGAACUUCGAAGACACCUUGCUGUUUGUGAAGCAUGCGAUUCAGCACCAAGCUCGAGUGGGAUUUCUUCGAUACCAACUGAUUCCACAUUAAAACAAACAUGCGACGAAAUUAUUCAAGAAUACCAAAAUUAUAAUGCCUCGCAAUAUUGGCAACCAAUAAAUUAUCAAAAUCUCGGUGGACGGAGUAAAUCCAGUUGUUCACCUGAUUUAGGCAUUGAAAGUGAUGCAACAGUUAACACAAUAAGACCACUACAAGAUACUUUGAAGAUUACCGAGUCAAUGACCAAUUUACUUAGCGAUGAAGACAAUAGUAAUAGGAAUGCUGCUGCUCGAGAGGUAGACAGUGAUAGCCCAUUGCCAAUUGAAGCAAUUUUAGCUGGACAUAAAUAUAGACUUGAUGAAAUAGAAGCACUCAAACAAGAAAAUGAAACGCUGAAACGGAGGUUAAUGAAAACGAGAAGAGCUCUUGAAGAUACUUUUCAACACUUGUCAACAUCGAACAAGAACAAGAAGAAUGUUGAAAAGGCAAUCACCAAACAAUUGAUGAUUACAAAAAAUAUACUGAAGAAAACAAGAACUUAUGAUGAACCAUUCGACAACUGAUGUGAACAAAAAUAUAUACAAAGACCAAAUUGAAUUAAAUAUGUCUGUAGAAGAGAAAGCAGAUACAAAAUGGACAAGGUUUUGCUUAACCGAUUUGCAUUAACCUUUGAAUUGUCCAUAUACACACAAAACACGAAAACAUUGUCCCCAAUUUUAAUUGUUAUAUAUUUUAGAAUCUAACUGCUAUACUAUUCUACAGACUUAUAUUGUUAAUUUUUUUAAUAACGAAACAUUUCGAAGUGACAUACAUAAAUGUUACGAAUAUUACUAACAGCGAUAUUCUAUCAUUGUAAUUUUUGUAAAACACGGA